AUGGUUGAGCGUUCCCGAUUUACUUCUUUACAACAUUAUGGAAAAAUAUUUCUUGAAAAUUUGCAAUUUGCAUGCUUGUUUAUAAUCCCUUUGUACGUCAUUGUAUUCACUGUUCCAUUCGUCGUAAACCCUGAUACGAUUGACCAGUUUAAAAUAAACUUUAAGGUUGUUUUAUUAUCCAAGCCGUUUUGCGAAGUAAAAUCUGAGGAGUGUCAUAAGCUAUUAGAUCCAGAAUAUGGGGAUCCUUCUCUCUUGUUGAAGACGUCAUUUCCGGAGUAUGAAUUGGUCUAUAUCAGGCAUUAUUGGAUAGACUACUUCGACAGAAUGUUGAUCACCUUGGUAGACAAGUCAUUCUUCAGGCCGUUGAUUUUGAUAAUUAAUAAGCCUGCGGAUCCCAGCGAAUGGUGGUCAAAGGUGCUCGAGUCAUUGCGUGUCGUAAUGGCUAUAGGAAAUGCAAUGAUUUUUCAUGCAAUCAAGGGUGUUCUUGUCUCGAAAAUGUGGGUCUUCUUUAUAUUCGGUGCAAUUACUACAAUCUACGACUCUUGGGCGUCACUACUUCAAACGUUGUCCAGUGUGCUCAGAUCGGCCAACGCUAUAUUCUAA